UUAAGCACUUAUUUUUCCUCUACAAAUAAAAAGAAACUUACUACAAUCCUCCUGAGAGUUAAAUCUAUCAUAUUCUAGGUAUUUUAUCAAAAUGCAUCAAGGUCGGGUGCCAACUUCACGGAGCUAUUUUUCCAUCCAUAUUUUUCAAUCUAAGUCAACAUCUUCCCAAUACAUACUACAUACAUCUAGAAACCAAGCCGUCUCUCCUAUGGAGCAACUGCUAAUCUGCUUGCGUUUUUAUGCAACCGGGAGCUUUUACAUAACUAUAGGAGACUUUUCGAAUUUACAUAUGUCCACAAUAUGCCGAAUCAUUAGAAGGGUGACUCAAGCAAUCGCAUCGCUAAGACCACAAUUUAUUAAAUUGCCAUGUAAUGCAGAUAUUUUAAAAAUACAAGAAGAAUUUUAUGAUAUCGCACGAUUCCCACGAGUAAUUGCUGCCAUGGAUUGUACACAUGUGCGGAUAGUCUCUCCAGGUGGAAACACAGCUGAAAACUUCAGAAAUAGAAAAGGAUAUUUUUCUAUUAAUGUUCAAGCUAUGUGCACCGUCAAAUUGAAAUUUCAAAACAUAGUCGCGAGAUGGUCUACUCAUGAUUCCUUGAUAUUCUUGAAUUCGUCUGCAAAAUACGCAUUUGACAGUGGAACUUUCGGCAGUGGACUGAUUCUUGGAGAUAGUAGAUAUUUUCUAAACAAUAAUUUGGUUACUCCCUUUGUUAAUACCAGAACUCCAGCAGAACGCCUUUUCAAUGAGUCACACAUUAGAACAAGAAACGUCAUUGAACGCUGCUUUGGGGUAUGGAAACGACGAUUUCCAGUUUUGAGUAUUCGGAUGAGGUGCCAAAUUCCUUUGGUACAGGAUACAAUAGUUGCAACAGCUGUUAUACAUAAUAUUACAAUUGAUAUGAAAGAAGAUAAACCACCCGAAGACCCAGAAGUGAAGGUUUAUCAGGAAGAACAAAUAGAAACUUUAGACCCACUUAUUGCAGACUCUGGAGAUGUCAGAAACUUACUGUUAGAAUACUUUGAAUCUUUAAUAACAAUGUAAAACAACGCUAGACAAUAGUUUUAUAUAGUUUAAUGUACACUACCGGCAAAAAAUUAUAAACAAUUUAUCUUUAAAAGUUUUGGCCAUUUAUUUAUUUUUUAUUAGUUUUAAUUUAUUUUUCUUUUACGAAGAUAUAGUAAUUGAUACAACAUAUACCUAUUUUCCGCCCAUUACUACUCAUUAAUUUUAAUAUUUUUUAAUUAUCUCGGUAAUUAAGGAACUGGAUGAUCUUGAAAAUUUUUCAUUUGAAUAUGGUGCAGCCCGCGAAGAAACGAUAGCACCUCAUCAUUUCGAUUAGUUUUAACUAUUUUUGUUUGUUUAAUGCUCAUUAUAUGAAAUGGUUGACACGAACUCGUAAAGAAAUUUCUAUACGAAAAAUAAAUAAAAUUCUGAAACAGUUCUGCAAGAAAUACUUCAAAUAGCAGCAUGAAAAUUCAUUGCUUUUUCGAUUUUCUCUCGAAAUUUCGUAAAAAAAUCGAAGUGUGCAUAGUUUAUUUAAUUUUAGAAAAUUCGUCAAAAAAACGGAUGAGGAUUUGAGUGGUGCACUGUGUUAUUUAUUAAACUAUAUCUCAUUAACUAACAAAAACCAUGUAAAUCCAAAUUUUAAACUUUAAAUUAAAUUAUGAAAAUUCUACGACUUUUUCUUCUCAACUUUAAGCAUGUUAAUCAGAAUUCCU